GAUACUACUGGUUUAAACACUGACGCAAUAUCGAAUUUCUUUGAGUGAGUGAAAAUGUUCUGUCGUCUGAAAAAAUCAUCUGUCAAACCGAAAAUGUUUCAUUCUGAACCGAUUCUUUCGGAUAUUUACAACGAUGAUGCCAUUUCAACAGUCAAGGUAUUGGUAUUACAGCUAUCGGACAAGGCUAAAAUUGACUAUAUAAUGAAAUUUUUAUCGGCAAAACUUCCAAUGACUAAAAUAUCAUUGGAUCAUUUGAAACGAAUUAAUUCAAAACAAGGAAAUUUCCAGAUAAUAGUCUCUAAGAUACGAGAAUCAUCUUGCGAAAUGGAUGUUGACCUUAUACAGAAAACAAUCGACGAAAUGGAUUACGAUUUACGUGAAUUCUUACAUGGAUUUGAUCCCGAUAAUCUUUGUAUACGAGAAGUAGCAGCAUCAAGCCCUUUAACUCGUAAUCAAUUCAAACGACUAUCAUCAUUAUGGCCUAUUAAUUUUUUUGAAGAUCAAUAUAUAGCUAAAUGCCUUGAUGGAAGUAUAUUUUCACCCAAUUAUUGGAAACAAAUUCACGAAUUAAUGAUGGAAACGUUAAAUAUGUUGAACAAUGAUUCAUCACGUAUGUCGGCCAUAAUAGUCAAGGAUGAUUGCAAACGAAUUGUAACUAAAACCAUUUCAAGGAUCGAUCAACAUCCAUUAGAUCAUGCAGUGAUUAAUGCCGUAACGAAUGUUUCCGAAAUACAUAGACAAGUCAAAAAACGAUUAUUAGAGGAUCCAGAUUCAUUUCAAUGUGAUAAUAAUAUUAAUCAUUAUAAGGAUGAUUAUCUUUGUACCAAAUAUGAUUGUUUUCUAAGCCAAGAACCAUGUAUAAUGUGUGCUAUGGCAUUGGUUCAUUCAAGAAUUCGUCGUGUAUUUUUCUAUGAUUCAAAAACAUUAUCAUCGACAACAAUUGUAAAUAAAUGUCAUGAUCAGCCAUAUACUGUUGAAAAAUUGCAUACAAGUCCAUUUCUGAAUCAUCGUUAUGAAGUAUGGAAACUUUCCAAACCGGAAAUAUUUGCAAAUAAAAAAACAAAAAUUGUAUAACAAAAAUAUUCAAUGAAUAAUAUUAUAAGAAUACAUUGAAUUCAAAAUGAUGACAAAAAAAAUUGGUUGAAAAAUUCCGAAUAGUGUGAAUGGAAUAGAUCCAUGUACAGGUGUUUAAUGAUAAAAGUGAAAACAGUGAGAAAACAAAACCAAAACAACAAAAAAAAAUCGAUCCAGAAAUUCAUUAAGCAGUAAUAUUGGACAUGAUAACAACAACGACGGAAAAAAAAGAGAGAGAAAAAGGCACAAAAAUGAAAAUUAUUUUUUUUUACACAGGAACAAAAAAAAAA